UAAAUAUCCGGCCAUCAAUCCAGAAAAGGGUGUUGUUUUGAGCAAGAAAAUCGAUUUCUCUUGUCAUUAUGAAAAGACCAAAGCCAGAUCGGGAGAAAUUACUAACUGGUUAAAUUAAGGACAUAGUUUGUCUUUAUAAACUUUGUGUAUCAGAGCAUCAAGUGCAAUAAAUACGCCGAAAUGGCGAGCGUUCAAACGGUGCAAGAAAAGCAGAAAUCGCUCAAAGUGAAAUCAGCGAAACGAAAGCUGUUUAGAGCAAAUGAACCAUUGUUGAGUGUGUUUAUGUGGGGAAUUAAUCACACGGUUGUUGAGCUAAACCAUGUCAAUAUUCCUGUGAUGCUGAUGCCAGAUGACUUCAAGGCCCACACCAAGGUUCGUGUGGACAACCAUCUCUAUAACAAAGAGAACAUGCCAAGCCAUUUCAAGGUGAAAGAGUACUGCCCAAUUGUGUUCAGAAACUUACGGGAGAGAUUUGGCAUAGAUGAUCAAGACUAUAUGAAUUCACUCACAAAGCAGCCGCAGAAUGUUGACUCGCCUGGUCGCAGUGGUGCACGGAUGUUAUUGUCACACGACAAACGUUAUUUCAUCAAGACUCUAGUCAGUGAGGAUGUGGAACAGAUGCACCAUCUCAUCAAACAAUACCACCAGCACAUUGUUGAGUGUCACGCAAGCACCCUUUUACCCCACUACCUAGGAAUGUACAGGAUCACUGUGAAUGAUGUGGAGACAUACCUAUGUGUAAUGAGAAAUGUGUUCAGCCCCCGUCUGCCCAUUCACAAAAAAUAUGACCUUAAGGGUUCAACAGUUGACAGAUGUGCCAGCGACAAAGAAAAGGCAAAACAGUUGCCGACGUACAAAGAUAAUGACUUUCUAGAGGAUGAGGCAAAAAUAAACAUCGGGGCGGAAGCUAAGGUUGCGUUGAUGGAUCAACUCACCAAAGAUGUUACGUUUCUAUCCAACGCACAUCUUAUGGACUACAGCCUGAUUGUAGGAAUUCACGACUGUGAUCGCAUCGACCCAGAAGUGAACGACCCCACACAGAACAACAGCGAAUCCGACGAACCUGUUAGUGGGGAGGAAGAAAACGGAGUUGAAUAUGAGGAACACGUGCCCGAUAUUGGCGGUUUUGCACCCACUCCGCCCGAUAGCCCCCAGCCCAACUUUCAAGUGCCGGCGUUUGACGGAGAUAUUGACUCCAAUUUUGAGAAGUUUGGUAUCAAAUCUGCAGAAGAUGGACCAAAAAAAGAGGUGUAUUUCCUGGCUCUGAUCGACAUACUUACAAAGUAUGGUAUGAAAAAGAGAACCGCACUGGCUGCAAAGACUAUGAAACAUGGCGUUGGGGCCGAGAUUUCUACCGUGCAUCAUGAUCAAUACGCAAAACGGUUUCUGGAAUUCAUAGACAAGUGUAUUGAGUGAAGUGUCAAGUGAUAAUUGUUAUUUGUUUGUUUAGUUGUUUUAUGAUACAAGUGUGUGCUCAUGUGAUUAACGGUUUUCCAUGUUUUGUUUAAUGGUAGUUCAUUACUGUAGGUUGGUUAAAUUGGCGAGGGUUUAUUUUCACUAAUAUUUGUGAUUUUUAUGAUGUUGCAAAUUUAGAUUAAAUAUUUCAUUAAACAUGCAUAUACUAGCAAAAUAAAGUAACUGUGCUUGUAAAAAUAUACUGGAUUCUUCAAUAACCCCUCAAAAAGAAAUUUUUUAUUGUAAAAAAUGACUUUCUGUGCUUGCAAAAAUAUAUUGUAUUCUUAAGUAACUCCAGAAAGAGAAUUUUUUCAAAAAUGACUUAAUUCUGAAACAGUCAAUAAUUAAUGCUUGUAAGUAAGUUCCUCUCUGUAUCAUGCUUACAUUUAUGUUUCAUUUAAAGGCCUAGUUUAAGGAAUGUUUGGCAUGAUAAUCCCCUGCUGUGCAUCUCCUAUUUAUCAGAGAUCUGAUAAGAGGGAUCAAGGCAAGUAGAUUAAGAUCAAUAAACAGAGGUUGGGGGGGGGGGGGGGGGGGGGUCACUUAUCGAAGGCUUAACCUAGGCCUUUAAUUCAGGUUAACAUCAUCAGCCAAUCAAAUAAUAAUGGAUAAGUUAUCCACAUGUUAUUUUUUGGCUAGUUUGCAGUAACAAGCAAUUUGAUUGGAUACCAACCAAAAUUUGAUAAAUAUUGACCAAUCAACAUUUAAAUAAAGGAAUGAAUGAAUGUUUAGUAUAACUUAUCCCCUAGUUUAUAUCAAACAUCAGAUAACAACAUUAUAGGGUAUACAAUUAUAUACAGGAUACAUUGAAAUUAGAAUGAAUAUUUUUUGUGAAUUUAAAUAUUUGCUAAAUUAUGAAUGAGAAACAUACAAAAUGAUAACAAAAUAUCAUCACAAAAAAACUAGGUGUAUGCAUAAAGAUGAUUAAAACCAAAAAAAGAGCGCACAAAUUAAAAGCAAUAUACAGUUUAUGAUUCAAUGAGUGAAAUGGAAAAUGUUUUAUCUGAUCUGUAACUUAUGUCACAUAAAACCUUUUUUGUAUUCGCCCUUUGAAUUACAAUGAUAGGAAGAAGGAUGAAAAACAGCUAUAAACUUUAGAAUUUCAUACUCCGCAGGAAAGUGGAUAAUUUCCUGAACAUAUAUGUGACUGAAGAGUUCUAAUUUUGAAAGGGAAAUUAAUUUGAAUGUAACCACUAAUUUUAUACUUCUGAAUAGAGUUGAUGGUAUUUCAACCAUCAAUAAUACAAAAUAAUGCUACUGGUAAAUUUCAUUAUAAAGGUAUAAAAUGAUAAGUUUGAUUAUUUUCAAAGUUUUUACUGAGAGUUUUUCUUAUGAUAUGGGCAUUAGGUUCUUAAGAAACAAAUAACAGAACAGUUAUAGUAAAAUUGUAUUUUAUUACCUCCCUUUGAUAAAUCAAAUCAUAAUAGUAGCGUCAUUACGGGGUUAUUAAAAAAUGUAAUUCAUGCAAAAAUUAUAAAAAAAAUAAUUCUGAUUUCGCUGCCAAAAAUAAAAGGGGAAGGUAUGUAGGAAUUUACUCAUAUUUUCUUUUUAUAAAUGAAGUCAUGUCUGAAUAUCAUGUUUACACUGACAAACGUUGCCAUUUUAUUUGAGUACUUUUAGGUCACAAUAAACUACCAAAACUAUAUCCAUAAAGAAGAAAUUAAUUAACUGUCAGAUGGCAAUAAAUUAACAAGGAUUAGGUGCAAAAAUGUUACGAGUAGGUAGCGAAAAUGGAAGCAAACAUUUUUGCGUAUGCAUUCGCUGCAAAAUCAAAUACAGCAAAUAUUUUAUUAAAUGGUUACAUGAAAUUUAUGGCCCUUAGUCAAAUUUGAAGGACUUGAGACUUCAUUUUAACAUUUUUUCAUUGUUUGGAAAUUGUUUUGAGGACACAUUUUCUCAUAGUAUUUUGCUGGGCUAAUUAUAUUCGCCUAAGCAAUCCUAAGUCAUGUGUUUUUAUACUAAUGUAUUUGAUAGAUGUAGAGUAUUAUUAUAUGGUUUAAGUGCUACAUGUUUUAAUUAGUUAUGAAAUGUCUCAAGUUUGGACACGGUGACAUUGUGAAAUUAUUAACAUUUGCACACUGAAAUCAUAGUGAUUUUUCACAAUGGUCAGAAGUUCUAUAAUCUAUAAAUGCACAGAGUGAUCUAAGCUCUUGGGAGUAUUUAAGCAGAAGAUAUUCAAUCAUUGGUAUUAGAAAAAGGAAAAACAAAACACUGAAAACUGCACUCUCACAGAUAUACCAUUUUUACAACUUUUUUAUUUUUUGUCUUCGAAAGAGCAAAUUUUUGCGUAAAUAUCUGCAAACCAAUGAUAUAUGAUUGCUGACAAAAAAUCAGAUGGUAGAUUUUCAUAUUUCCAUUCGAAAAUUAAUGUAUUAUGGUUUAAACCGUUAAUAAAGGUUUGCUUAAACCGUUAUUAAUGGUUUAAGGAAAAUGCAUAAAACAUCAACUUUUGAACUUAAUAUGAAAAUCUGUGAUCUAAUUUUGUGUCAGCAAUCUUAUAUAACUGGUCUCUAUGGAUUUUCACAAAAAUUGGCUCGUUCCAAGACAAAAAAUAAAAUGUUGUCAUAACGGUCAAUCUGUGAGAGUGCAGCUUUAAAGAACUUCAUAAAAAGUUGUUUUUUUAACUUGAUAUAACUGCAUUGUGAGUUAGUUUUAAAAUAAUUCAUGUUAUAAAAGUUAAACUAAGUGAUAAACGUUCACUCAUUGGUUACAUUAUAUCUCUCUAGGUUUCACUUCAUUGGCAGAUUUCUAAUAUUUCUUGUAACUUUAUGAGACAACAUGCAAUGUUUUUCCUUAUAUGCACUUUUUUCAUAACAUUAAUUUUAAAAAGCUAAAAUGGUAGUCAUAAAUAUCAUACCUAAGUAUUGGUAGACUUUAAAGCUGCACUCUCACAGAUUGACAGUUUUGAAAAAAAAUGUCUUGGAAUGAGCCAAUUUUGCGUAAAUAUCUGGAAACCAAUCCUAUAAAACUGCUGACAAAAGAUUAGAUAGCUCUUUUUCAUAUUUACGUUCGAAAAUUCAUGUUUAUGUCCAAAAGCAUUACUGACACUUGAAAUAUUUGGGAGUUUACCAUAUAAUUGAGAUCUAUUCUACCUUACAAGACUGAAUUGAAGGUAUAGUAGCGAAAAUCCGCUGAUUCUGAGACAAAAAAUGUCAAAACAGUCAAUCUUUGUGAGUGCAGCUUUAAUGAAUGUUUUUCUUUAUCAAAAAGUCAAAAGUUUUUCAUUAUUAAAAUAAAUAUUAUUUUAAUAAGAUAGAUUUAAUAAUUUAAUAAAAAGAAUAUAAAUCAACUCUUAAAUAGAAUGUUAUCAACAAAAAUGUCUAUGUAAAGAAAGUCAGAACAAAAGUUUUCUUUUCUGGACCAAUACUAUUAUUUUUUAUCAUCACUUUGUGUAUUUUUUAUGUUUAUUGAUAGUGAUUUAAAUAACUCUGACCACAAGGUCCUCGUUCGUUUGUAAGAUUUGCCUUUAUUUGUCAAUGCAAAUCAUCAUUUAACACCACUGUACAUAGGCAUUGUUGUUUCAACUUUUCACGUCCAUCUGUUGUGUGCACAAUCUUAUGUUGUUGUAAUGUGCACUGUUUAUAUUUUCACAGGGAGGAUGAAUUUAUGAUUGAGACCUUUCAAUUUAAGAUUAUUGUACAAUUGUAAAGUAUUUUGGAUUUUUUUUGUCGGACACUCAUAGAAAAUAAGUAUUUCUUAACAACCUUGAAAUGGGUAAGAAUGGGAUGGAAAAAAAAUCAACAGGGGGCUAAUAGCCCGUAAAUCUUGCCUUGGGCCUGAAUUCCUUGUUUAAGGAUGAGGAGUUUUGAUCUGGGCCAUUCCAUUUAAUCAUAUAACCUAUUAGGGGAAGGCACUUUAAAAUUAUACCACCCCCCUACAGAAACAAUUUUACCCUUUUGGAGUCUAAAUUAGCGAAAAAAGACACCCGCCCAUAUACUAUUUAAUUAAUUGCCUUCCCCUCAUGGGUUAUAUGGUUUACUGCAAUAGCCCUCUCUUAUAAUCUCUGUUUUUAUUAUCAGUUUAUACACACUUUUUUAAGCGUAAAAAAUAGGGGGGAAAAAUGUUUCCUCCCUAUAAUACGAUGCAUUAGUCGUCAGUUCAUUUCAGUUUUACAUUGUAGCUAUGUUAAGGAUAAUUAACAUUUGGAUAUUUUGUAUAAAUAAGUGCUAAAUCCUUCGUUAUUAAGCUCAAGUUAGAUUUUUACCUUUAAUUGUACUUUCAAGACUUAACUUGAAUUUCACAGUUUGAAAUCCAUUUAGAAACGGUUCAGAACUUGAUGAAUUUUCUUUUAUCACCUUGUUUUGGUUGUUUCAUGCAUUAUAAAUAGCUUGUCUGUUGUUUUUUUGUUUUAUUAUCAUUAAAUUCAUUCCAGUGUUGAUUUAUUUUCGUGCAGAAUAUUUAUAGAUAUGAUUGUCACAUUUGUUUCUCCUCCAUUAAUUUUAUUAAAUAAUUUUCAAGUGAGCAUUUUCAAGAAUUGAUAGUGAAAGUCAGAAAACACCGAACAAAAUUAAUUGAAGGUCACUUAUUAAAACUUGUGUGUUUUUCCCACAUUCUGACAAUGAAUGAUUCAGAUAUUAAUAAAACUUUCACAUAGUCAGUUCAAGUAUACACCACUUAACCAAUACUAAAUGUCUUCUGGGAGGGACCUUAAAUGGGGGUCAUAUUUGACAGUGCUAUACACGGAUGAAAUAAAAUGUGAUGAAGAUUUAGCUUUCGAAUUUCAAGCUGGUUCAGUUUUAAUCGUCACUGUUUUCGGCCCGAGUCUCGUUAAAACCACUAAAUUGGCAAUACCAUAGACUUGAAAAUAGAAUUGAUGAUCACCAUAUGAAUCAGUCCUGUAUUCUAGAUUUUUAUAGUGUAAAUUUGUUGCAGACUUCAUAGAGAGGUUGAAAAACUAUGCGACUUGUAUGGAAGCUUGCAUAGUGUAAUAACCCCAUGGCUUAUUUCUUGAACAAGGUCGUUAGCUUAAAGUUGUUAACAAUCAGCCCAUGGUGUCUGUGAUAUACCUUCAAAAUAAAAGUGCUUAUUUCUUGUGAGAUUUGGUUAAAAAUUUAACUAUUUAGUACAUGGAAAUCUGAAUAGCAACAGGGUUACUAUGGUAACCAUACUGGUUUUUUUAAGUGCAUUUUUGCGUAUAGGUUUUGGAAGAAAAUACUCUACAAUUUCUUUGUAUAUGUGUUAAGCAUUUUAAUUACACAACAAAGGAAAAAUGGAGGUUUUAAAAAUCUACCUCUAUUUUUCAGAAUCACUUAUAUCAAUAAACAAACAGAAUUUGAACGAUAAUACUAUCUCUGAUUAAUUUAGAGAUUUUCGAUGGUUAUUGGUGCAAAAUAUUUAUCACAUACAGGUACAUAUGCUUUAUCACAUAUUUAAGUGUAGAUCAAUUAUCACAUAACAUGGUAGUCUAAUUGCUAUUACUUGUGUAAACAAAGUGACACUCAAUCUUCAUCAAGAGAUGGGGGAAAGCAGUUAUUAUUGAGAUAUAUGAAAAAAAUAGUAAUAUAUAUGCUUAAAAAGCAUGACCAUUUUUAAUAGUUAGAUGACAUGAACUAAAACCUUUAUGAUUAAGAAUGGGUGAAGUUAGGUCAUACUUACUGACUUACAGUACAACCUCAUUGGCUGACUAUUUGUCAACGCAAAAUCUGACGCAAGGAGUGUGUAACGGAUAAGUAGGCAGUAGGCAAACCUUUUAACACAUGCAAACAAAAUUGAAAUUCUGAGUGAUAAAGCAUAGGAUUUAAUGACUGCCUUUCUGCAGUUUCAUUGACUGCUUAUGUAGGUUGUCUUCUAAAGAUACAUAGCACUUAAUAUUGCUACUCAAUUUGAAUUUAAAAUAUUUGCAAUUUUCACGGAGUUAAAAUGUUUAGCGAUGUAAAUUCAAUGCUAUGAUCAUGUCUACUAGAGAUCAAUGAUAAUCGGCCUUUAAACCAUACAACACUUUUUUGAUCAUCAUAGUGAUCCCACUGAAAUUUUUCUACCACCUAUAGAAUGAUAGUAUUACAUGUUGUAAUUCAUCUCUUGCUUUGUUAAUAUCAUCAAUUCUUCGCUAAAUUUGUCAUAAUUAUUUGAUCAGUUUUUUUUUGCAAAGUUAAUAUCAUCAUUUGUUUGCAAAAUUAAUAUCAUUUGAUUGUUUAUUUUGCAAAUGUAACACAUCAUCAUUUGUUUUUAUAAAAAUGAUUGAAUGUUGCAAAUUUUAGAUCAUACUUUUGUGGGGUAAAUGGUAAAAGGUGGCAAGGAAUUUUAGGCAAAAUAGUUGUUUAGUACCUACCGGUAUAUGCGGGAACCCCAUUAUUUGAUUUGCAAAGUGAAUAUCAGCUGUUUUGCAAAGUAAAUGCCAGCUGUUUUGCAAAGCGUAUUCCAGCUGUUUUGCAAAGUAAAUACCAGCUGUUUUGCAAAGUAAAUGCCAGCUGUUUUGCAAAGCAUAUUCCAGCUGUUUGGCAAAGUAAAAACCAGCUGUUUUGCAAAGUAAAUACCAGCUGAGCUGCAAAGUAAAUAACUAUCUGUUCUGCAAAGUAAAUAUCCUUUGUUUUGUAAAGUGAAUAUCAUCAUCUGUGUUGCACAUUGUACACCAUUGAUAAUUUGUUUUACAAACUGAACAUCAUCAUUUGAAAUGUAACAUAUAUAAUAAUAUUAUGAUCAUUGAAUUUUGUGUUGCAAAUUGAACAAACUGCCUUGGUCAUUGGUCGUAGUGUUUAUUUUUGUUGUACGCAUUAGUUUUCUUUGGCAGUCGGUAUGUUUAAUGCUGGCUGUUUUUUUUUUUAUGUCGAUUAACUUCAAGCUGAGUACUCCAAAGAUGGCCCCAUAUUCACUUACAUCUCAAGUCUGGGUUUGACACCCAGGUUCAGAAAAAACUCUUAAAUGUUAAAAAAAUAUCUAGUAUAAUAUAACCAACUCUGACAAAAGAUGUGUGCCUGAUUUUAUAGCCAGUCAUUUGUAACAGAUACAGCAUUGUUGACCAUACUUUCUCCUGUAAUAACAACAAAAUUCAGAUUUUCUGAGCCCGAGUCUCAAAUUAAGACUCAGGACUUAGAUAAAUACAGGCCCUGAGGCUCAUAAUUUAAUUUAGGUUUUGAACUUUUGUCCCUCAAAACAUGGAUACUACAGGGGCAAGACUAGUAGUACAAGAAUUGAUAGGAAUCCUGUAUAGAGGUACAGCCUUAGAAGGCCUAUCAGCCACGCAUGGUCACAAUACAGGAAAGGCAGGCUAAACGUACAUAAAAAUGUAAAUGUUGGCAUUACUACCUUGUAAAACAUGUCACUAUUAAUCAUAAUGAUAAACCUUAAAUUUUAUGAAUAUAAUGUGAAACAUACCAUUGUUUAACAUACUGAUGAGUGCUUUGUACGUUUUAUAUUGUCAUAAUAAAUAAAAACGUUCUCUUUCAAAGCCGACUCAUUUCCAGGGUAAAUCUAAUUAUCAUAUUUAUUAUUGACUUCAUGUAAAUGAAAUGAAUUUACUUGAUCAACUUGUUUAAUGAAAUUUAUUGACUUGAUAAAUAGUUUUUAAACAAAACUAAUUCCAACUUUGGGUAUUCAUUUUGUAGAUCAUUUUUCCUCUUUCUGUGUAAUGAAUUAUCUUACCAAUUAUUGGCAUUGUAAAUGUAAUACUGAAUUCUACGAUAGAUAGAACACAGCUUUUAUCCCAAGAAUAUGAUAAAAUUUAUUGCCUGCGUAUUGUAUUACGUUUUUGACAAAAAAAAUUACUGCGUCGGGCUGAUUUCCGCACUGGCCUUUGUUUCCCUGUAUACUUAAUGGGACUAGACAUCAGAUGAUACUGCAAGCAAAAAAUAGAGUAGUAAAAAAACUUACAUAAAAUUGAUAUAUCAUUGUGUACAACGCAUUGAAUCUUACUUUCUGAUGUAUCGUAUUGUAUCGACACAUUUAUCUUUUACAGUUUUUGUGUAUUUUUUUCCAGUUCAAAAUUUACUUGGUCUGUCUAACACAUAAAUCCCAGUAAAAUGAAUAAUAGUGUUGGUAUAUUUAUCUAUACUAAUCACGUGACUUUCACAACCUUAAUUUACACACUAUGAACUGGGAAACAAUUAUGCACUAUUUUAAAACGGGUAAGCGACAAAAUAUUCUUUUAAUCAUGUAAAGUGGUGUAAUAUCAGCAUCAUACUGACAACUCUAGGCUUGUUUGUGAGGAAUGUAUUUGCUGACUUUGGGAUCAUCUGGUGUUUAGUCCCUUUGAAACAAUGUUAAAAGUUUUUGCCCUAUUUUUCUCUCCAUUUUUAUCCUAGCUUAUUAUCUUCUUUAACAUUUGGUGUGAAGGUUUAUUUUUCUUCUCAAUGUCUAUCAAUCUUUUCAGCAAUAUCUGUAGAUGUUAGUUUUAGAAAUUAACAUAGUUCAAUGUCAUGUCUUUGGUAACACUAUUUUGUUGUUAUAUAUUGUGUAAACAAUAUUAUUUAUGAGGAAUAUGCUUAGAUUCUAUGAAGUUGAAUCUGUUUUCCAAAACAAAAAAUGUUGAUGUAUGAUGAUGACCUUGGUGUGUGUCAGCAGCUUGGUCGGCAUAUUGUCAGCAGCUUGGUCGGCAUGUUGUCAGCAGCUUUGUCGGCAUGUUGUCAGCAGCUUGGUUGGCAUUCAUUUUACUGUAACCAUUGUAGGUUAAGAAUCUUUCAAGAUGAUCACAUGAAACAUAUUAAAAAUAUUUUGAGAGACAAUACAUUUACAGUCCUGUGGGCUGAACUCCUAGGGACUGAUGAAAAAUACCUCGAGCCUCAGAAAACUCGAGCGAAGCGGGACUGUUUACCUUCAUUAUGAAGAAAAAGGUCCUUUACAUCUAGUUGGAGCCAACUAAGAAUUCGAGCCAACUGGGUUUGACUGUAUGUGCGAUAUGACCUAUAGCUGUGGAUUGUCUAGUAAUGCGCACAUUUAAUAGGUUUAAUAUAAAAACGAAAAAAGACAAGCAGUGACGUUCGCUUCACAGCACUCUUGUUCAAUUAUAGAAUUACCAGACUUGUUUUGAUGUUCAACAUUAUAAUAGGUUCAUAUCAUAGGUGUUGUUCCAUAACCAUAUUGUACAACCUUACUGUGCUGUUUUCCUGAUUUGUAGGUUAUAGUUGGACACCAGUGAAUAUUUCUUUGUAUAACAAUCCCAAUCAAUUUUGUGUAAAAUGAAAUGUCAUGACUAUAAUGAAAUAAUAAAAUCUGUAACAAAAGC